GCUUGCAGGCUCAAGUAGGGGAUGCCAAUCAAAGCAUCAACUUCAAAUUGUAUCUGAGAGAUCAGCCUGGAGACCUCAGGGCCAGGCGCGUCAGUCGGAGCGCAAUUGUUGAUCAGAUCACAUCCAGCGGACUUUGCGCGAGAAAAGAGAGGAAGCCGAGAUUUAAGAGCGGGUUGUUUUGACUGCACACCACUCUAUGUCUGUAGUAGCUGUGACUUUGGCUUAAACACUUUCCCACUUACUCCUGCGGGUUCCUUUUUCCUUUUUUCUCUCGCAUACUUUUUUUUACGCACAGUUUUGUCGGACGAACACAACUGUGCGACAGUUCGGCGGUGGAGAUGUCUUUCCCCCAGCUAGGCUACCCGCAAUACUUAAGUGCCUCCCAGGCGGUGUACGGGAGCGAGAGACCGGGAGUGCUUACGCCUUCAUCCCGGGGAGGGAGCACCGAAAUCGGGGGAAGUCCGUCCGCCACCGCAGCGGCGGUCACGUCGGUGUUGGGCAUGUACGCCAACCCGUACGCACACAACUACAGCGCUUUCUUACCUUAUACCAGCGCGGACCUGGCUCUUUUCUCACAAAUGGGAUCACAGUAUGAGCUGAAGGAUAGCCCUGGUGUCCAUCCCGCCAGCUUUGCAGCACACACCUCUCCGGCUUUCUAUCCAUACGGCCAGUUUCAGUACGGGGACCCGGCCAGGCCCAAGAACGCCACCCGGGAGAGCACCAGCACUCUGAAAGCCUGGCUCAAUGAGCACAGGAAGAACCCGUAUCCCACCAAGGGAGAGAAGAUCAUGCUGGCCAUAAUCACCAAAAUGACGCUGACGCAGGUCUCCACCUGGUUCGCCAAUGCCAGGAGGAGACUCAAGAAGGAGAACAAGGUGACCUGGGGAAGCAGGAGCAAGGACGGGGAGGACGGUAACUUGUUCGGCAGUGGAGACGAGGCGGAGAAAAACGAAGACGAGGAGGAGAUUGAUUUGGAGAGCAUAGAUAUCGACAAAAUCGACGACAACGACGGGGAUCAAAGCAACGAGGAUGAUGACGAUAAAUCAACGGAAGGAAGCAGGGACCAAAGGAGCGGCGUCGGUCCAGGUGGAGAGUUGGACAGCUUGGAAAGAAGACGGGCCUUCGCCCUGCAGGCCCACGAGGCCUUUGACAAAUCCAAGAGCACAAUUUCAGUUCACCCAGGGAGUAAAGAGAACUCAGACGGCAACAACAACAACACCAGAGUUUUGUCCCCGGACAGACCCGGGAGCUUUCCUCUCCCCUCUAACAAUAAGCCUAAAAUAUGGUCUUUGGCAGAGACCGCUACUAGCCCCGAUAGUUCAUCUCAGAAACCCACGUCCCCUUGCGCCCCGGCGUCCACCACUCACUCGUCAGCGCCCCACCACCAGCUCCAGACCCACCCGGCCUUCCUCCCCAGCCAUGGACUGUACACCUGCCAGAUUGGAAAGUUCCACAACUGGACAAACGGGGCUUUCCUGGGCCAGAACUCCCUGCUGAAUGUGAGGUCGUUUCUGGGAGUAAACCAGCACCAUCACCACCACAACCACCACUUGCCGGCGCAGCAGCAGCAGCAGCAGCAGCAGCAACAACAACCAACAUCGGUGGUGGUGUCGCCGGUGGCAGCUGCAGCAGCACUCAGCAGUGACAGCAAGACCCCGCCAGAGACCCACAGUCCCAAGCACAUAGAGCAUGAACACGAUGUAAGGUCUGAUUCACCCCCAACACAGACCCUGAAGUCUUCUUUUCGACCCAUCCAUGACAGAUCCUCUCUGCUUUCCAGCGCCAGGAGUCCACAAGACGCCACGCAACGGGUCCUCACUGCUCUGUCUUCGGCUUGAUCAAGACAUUUUUUUUCGUGCUUGAAAAAAAAAAAAGAAAAGAAAAGAAAAACAGAGAAAAGACUUUACACUCCCUUAAAAAAGGACAACGAGAAAUAAUAAUGCAGCGUAGCAUUCAGUCGGUACAGAACAAAUGGCGUAAUUUGGUAAUAUCCUGUGGAUGGAUGGAUUACUUCCUCUAUUGUUGUGUAGCCUAUAAUCGCGCCUAUAAUGUUACUCUCUCUCUCCACUUUGCCCAGGCAGGCUGGGACAUUUUGGUAGGCUUUUUACUUUAUUAUUAUUAUUAUUAUUAUAAUUAUUAUUUUUGUCUUUAUCUUGUGUUUUUUGGUGUCCUUUCUUUAAUGUAAAUACCAAGUGAUUUAAAUUUGUAAAUAGGAAGCGUUGAAGGAAUUUGUCCAGAUCGUAUAUUUUGCCUAAUAAACUAAAUGAAAUUAUAGAGAAAACCCAAGAGUAUCCUCAGCCUAUAUUUCUUUUCUAUGUUAUUAUUAUUAUUAUCAUUACUAUAAUUAAAUAUGAGAUUGGUCGGUUUUAAGAAUGGUGGGAAUGGAAGAAAAAAAAAUAUCCACUGGCAGCGUGGAACCAAGCUUAAUUUUAUUCAAGUUUGGAAGGAAAGCAGCGUGGAUGCAUUGAGGUGCUAAUAAGUGUCCAGAUGGUUGCUGGUGACAGAAAAUGGACAGGAGCAGCUGGGAAGGUCAUUAAGUAAUAAUAUGGGAACGCCCAGUCCAAACAAAAUCAAAUGGUUAAAAUCUAAUCUGUCAGAGAGAGAAGUCGAUUCGAAGAUAAAUUAUUAAUAUUUUCGUUUUUGGUGCGGGUGGAGGGGGGAGGAGACUGACAUUGUCGGGCUGCUGGAACAGGGUCAGUGUUUUGGGGUCCUGUCUGUUCCGAGGCUGAUAGUGAUCAUUAGCCUAUAAAAGCAGCUUCUUUAUUCCUCAGUCGGUGACCAAAAGCAAAUAUUGAUUUACCACAGCAGCCUAAUGGGGUUUAAACAUAAAAAAAGAGGAAAAUGCAAUAAUGAGCUGUGAUGGGAAAUGGAGUGAAAAUAGU